GAAUCACAAAGCAACAAAAUCCAGCAGCAGAAGCAGCAGCAUCCACAAAAACUACGCUAGAUCGGUACUGGAUUUGGUGGCGUUGUUCCGUCGGUUCGUGCGUUUGCUGCCUUUCACUCUGGUGUGCGGCAAGCCUCGGCGUCUUAUUGUUCUGCCAGCGGCCCAGCGCUAGGAACCACCACCGAAUGCAAGCAGCUGUACCCCAGAUGCUUUCGUCACGAUCGAAGACAAUUGCAACCACCGCCACCGCAAUUCUAUUUCGUCGAUUCACUACAACUACCACUACCGUUUCCGGCUUUCGGUUGGUUUCCCCCGCGCAUCGUCCGAGUCUACGAGCAUUUGAUCCAAGACAAUCUCCGCUCUUGCUGGCAUCCAAUCCACCUGGAACACGAACGCCCUCCUCUUCGUCCUCUCCAAUCCGGCGAUACUUGUCUUCUGCCGGGCAAAACAACGACGGCAGCGCCGAUUCUUCCAACAGCAGCACCGCCAGGGCCUCGUUUUCGGUACCAGACAUGGGAACGGACGAAAAAGACAACGAUGGUGUGACCACCACCGAUGACAAGUACACGGGAUACGAAAAAUGGGUUCGGAGGCUGUACGCUACAAACAUGUUCCAUCCCGUGAAACUGGGCUUGGAAAACAUGCACCUCCUGCACAAACUGUUGGGAAAUCCAAUGGACGACGUGAGUACAAAUACGAAUCUCUGCUCUUGUUGAAUGUUGUCAUUCUUGGACGUUACUGGUGUUCGGUCGAUCUUCCUUCUGUGGACACCCGUUUCAUAAUUCAUUUCUCACACCACCUUCGUCGCCAAUCUGCUGUCUCUCAGCCGGACAGAGUUGUCGUUCACGUUGCCGGAACGAACGGCAAGGGCAGUGUCUGCCUGAAAAUUGCAAACACACUGCGCCACCAACAACGAAAAGACCAGAACGGUAGACCACUGAAUGUUGGUAUCUUCUGCUCUCCCCACGUCAGUUCCUUUCGCGAACGCAUGCAAGUCAAUGGAAAAAUGAUCACGGAAGAGGAAGUAAUAGAACUCCUGCCACAAAUAUACGAUCUCUGUCUUCCGGAAAACAACGACAUCCCGGCAACGUUUUUUGAAAUCACCACGGCACUAGCCUUUUUGUUCUUUGCAAAACGGGGGGCGGAUGUUGUGGUAUUGGAGACGGGCCUCGGGGGACGCCUGGAUGCUACGAACGUCAUUGCGAAUCCGGCGCUGUCCAUCAUUACGUCGAUCGGGUUGGAGCACACGAGGAUACUCGGCGAUACCAUAGAACUCAUUGCGGUGGAAAAGGGGGGAAUCAUCAAGAAGGACCGACCCGUGCUGGUGGGGCCCCAUUGUCCGCACGACGUGCUGACAGAAUGUGCACGACAAAAAGGCGCGGGACGGUAUUACACCCCGAGCCUGGUCCAGGGAACGCUCCGGGACUUUGAGAACCCUCCUUCCGAGGAGAGCGCCACCAGCGAAGAUCCCGCCGAUUACGACAUCGAAAACCAGGACAUUGCCAAGGCGGCUCUGGUCCUCCUCGAACAAUCCCACGGCGACAUUUUUGGAAAACGCCUUUCGCCCGAAGAAAUCGACCUCCACACCUCGAUCCGUCCGCCCUGUCGCUUCGAAACGAUCCGAAAGGACGAUGCUACGGUCAUACUGGACGUGGCCCACAACCCCUCCGCAAUGGAAUACCUCGUGUACAAACUGAAAACAACGUACCCGGGAACGCCCUUUCGCUUCGUAGCCGGAAUGUCGUCCGACAAGGACCUGGGGCAGUGCGCGAGGGCCCUGCUUUCCGCGACGGACGGGUCCUCGCACAACAUCCACCUGGUGCAAGCCGCCCACCCCAGGGCGGCCUCUCUCGAAAACAUUCUCGCCGCCGAACCGAGGCUGGAGUCGGCGGCGCACUACGAUUUCGACGACCGAAGCAUCACCAAGCAGGUGCUCAAGGCACUGGAGUUGACAAAAGAGAACAAGAAUGGCGAGCUGCUGGUGGUGUGCGGGAGCGUCUUCCUCAUGGCGGAAACCAGGGAAGCGCUUGGCAUCGACGAGCCCCGCGAUUCGGACUACAUUACCGAGAUGGCGGGGGCUGGCAUUCGCCACGGGCAGGAAAAUUUUGGCAACACAAAGAUGUAACAGAAGAAGGAAAGAAAAAAGGCAGGAACCU